GGUCAGCAAAAUGGCUGGCAUGAGUUUGUUGCGACCAGUCCUCCAAAGAACUUUCAGGGCUGGUUUCAAACUGAAUGGACAGAAUGGGAUUUUCUCGCUGCCGAAACUACAGACAAUUUCAGUUCGAAGUAUGGCAGGCAAAGCAAAGAUAGUACGACAUCAUACCCAGUUUGAAUGGCAAUCAUUUAAAGAUGACGUGUGGUUUUGGACAAUGUUUUGGCUUGUUCCAGUUGGGUUGAUUAUGGGCUAUGCUAAUUUUGUAGUGGGACAAGCUGAACUUUCUGACAUACCUGAGGGUUAUGAACCAAAACAUUAUGAAUAUUACAAAGGCCCUAUAGAGAGAUGGUUCAGUAAAUAUAUCUAUGAUAGUUAUGAAUAUGAUUAUCAUAAAAAAAUGAUAGAACAUAUUGAUGAAAUGGAAAAACUAGCACUCAGAGAUAGAGAAGAAAAAGUAAAAAGUUUGAUGCUGAAGAAACAAGACUGCAAGUCAUGGUACUAUUAUCCUGGUGAUCUGCAAGAAACAGUUAGGGCGAGACAAGGUCAUGAUGAACAGUAUGCUGGAAUUAAUACAAUUAGAAUGAGAAAAUAGAUCACCAGGCUGUGAAAAUUGAAGUUCUAAAUAGACACAUAUUUGACAUUGGCUAUGGCAUAUUGAGAGUAGCUGGUUAUGUUUUUCUUGAAAUUAAAAACAUUAUGUAAAGUUGCCAUGUGUGAUAUCGGAAGUUUAUUAAAUUUAUCUGAAAACAUCA